CAGUAUGUCUGGUCGUGGUAAGGGCGGUAAGGGUCUAGGAAAAGGAGGCGCUAAGCGCCAUAGGAAGGUGUUGAGGGACAACAUCCAGGGCAUUACAAAACCCGCUAUUCGUCGUUUAGCUCGUCGUGGGGGCGUGAAGCGCAUUUCGGGUCUCAUUUACGAGGAGACUCGGGGGGUGUUGAAGGUCUUUUUGGAGAAUGUGAUCAGAGAUGCCGUUACUUACACUGAGCAUGCGAAGCGGAAGACUGUGACUGCCAUGGACGUUGUUUAUGCGUUGAAGCGCCAGGGUCGUACUCUCUACGGAUUUGGAGGCUAACUUGUGCCAGUAAUUGUCUUAGAAAACAUCUAUA